AUCCAAUUUUCCCCGAUCCAUACCCAACAACGGUCCGAAUCAAUAGUCAUCAACCGAUUCUACCUCUCUCCCAAAUUCUCAGUACCAGACGACUCUCUUCUCUCUCCGUCACUAGGAACGAAUAAAAUGGAGUGCGCCGGAAAGGGAAGCGGAGCACGGUGCGUGGGCCCACCCACCAGACGCUGCGGUCGCUGUGGAGCCGUUUCUUAUUGCUCCGUCACUCACCAGAUUUAUCAGCAACCAAACAUAUAACACGAGAUAGAGCAGGGUACGUGGAGUACUGCUAGAUACGAAUGGGGUGUUGAGACCAUAAAGUUGGGGAACAAAGCUAGCGCAGAAGUGCUUGGUGUUGGCACCUGAAGCUGGAUUUGCGAGGUUUCACAUUGGAGUGUCCAUAAGGAAGAGUGUGAAAGGUUGGAAGAACAAAUGGAACGCGCCAAUUUGUUAAAGGAAUUUCCUUUUACAUUUUCUCAAGAAGCUACCGUUGAGGUGUGUGAAAAGCGGGAGACUCGGUGUUCAUUCCUGGCAAAACGGGGUGUCCACCGAGUUGGAAUGUGGAUGUUUGAAUGUUCUUGUGGAGCAUCCGUUGAUUUGUCAGAUCUUUCAAGGCUGAUUGGGAGUUGGAAUCUAUCAAGUAUUUGUUGCCCAUGCAGAGGUCCUUCAUUACCAACACCGAAGCAUUUACUUAGUUGGAAGGAAUAUUAUGAAUGGAGGUGCAUACCGUUUUAUUCUCCUGUUGCUUUGCUUCUUCACUGGCCACUUACAUUGUAUCACGCCAUUCGACUUGCUGCAGCAAGAAACUUGAUUCCUGAAUUCAGCAAUGAGCUCUACAUACACUACCUUGGACCUGAAAAAGAGCUUGCUCAGCUUGCUGUCUUUGGGGAGUUAAAUUCGCUUUUCCCUGGACUACAGGUGCAUGUAGAGCUUGUAGGACCGGCAAUUCCAGGGAGUAGGGAUGGUGAGAGGAUUGAUCUUCACGGAUAUGCUCACUGCAUUGAGACAGAUUGCAUUUGCCAAUCUCCAAGUGAGAAUCAAAGCUUGCUUGCAAGUGGUAAAAGUUCAGUGGUCAGAUUAAGGCUUCAUUCAGGUUGUUAUCAUGACCGUUACAGAGAUAUAACAAAGGAGUCUUUACCUCAUUUAGUCAUUGCUCCAAAUGCUGGUGUUGCAGCUUUCAUGAGCUGGUUACCAACAAUAGAGCUGAUAAAGGCGAUAAAUGUCCCAGCAGUUUUUUCUGAUUACUGUGAAGAAGCUGCCCAUCUGGCGGCUCGUUGCAUCAGCUCCGUUACCUACCGUCCUCCAUCGAUCCCCAUUCAGCUAAAUCCAUUCAGGCAGCCAAUGGUGGUGGAGGACAGUGCUUUGUUUCUUCCUUGCUAUUCAAAUUGCUUUAUCUUUGGGAUGUGAACUGGCAUAGCCCAAGAGUUCGGAUCUACCUAAAUGAAGAUUUCAAAGUUUCUUGAAUUAACAGAGCAGAGGAGAUGCAUUAUGCUCGUGUUGGGUUUGGAAUCGGAGUAUUCUCUAUAUCCUUGUACCCCAUGUUGAGUGGAUGGGUGCUUGUUCCAAGUUAAUCUAGUCUUCGGUUCAACUCAUAGCAUUGCAUAUAUGCCAUCCGUUUUGAUUAUGUAUUCGACGACAGCUAAUUUAAACGGUAACAAUUUUGAAACGUGCUAGAUAUAUGGUCCAAUCUGAUGCUCAUAUCCAUAUGGAAAAUGGGGCCGUCAAGUAAACAUUGCACUUUUAUCUGGGGAAAAUUAUACUUACACUCCCUGCACUUUUAGCAAUUUUCAAAGGCACUAUCUCAAUUUGAAAAGUAAACAGUUGUAUCCCUUGAACUAUCAUGUAAAAUGGGAUCUUGAGCAAUUUGGCUCCAUCAUGGUUGCAGAUUGU